UUGAGUGUGUAAAUUUGCUUUGCAGUGUCUUUAUUUUCUGUCAAUUGAAUUUAAAAUUGUUUGAUUUUCGAAUUCAUUGAAAUAUAUUUCAUCCGAAAAUUAUGGAGACAAUCAUUGGAAUCCGUUGUAAAGAUUGUGUUAUUAUUGCCACCGAUCGAGUGAAUGCUUUUAGCAUUAUAAUGGUCAAAAAUGAUAUGAAUAAAAUCUAUCAGUUGAAUGAUAAUUUGGUUAUGGCAGUUAAUGGUGAACCUGGUGAUACCGUACAAUUUGCCGAAUAUAUUAGUAAAAAUAUUCAAUUGUACAAAAUGCGUCAUGGAUAUGAUCUAUCUCCAAUGGCUUCGACCACUUAUGUUCAACGUAAUUUGGCCAAUUAUCUUAGAUCACGAACACCUUAUCAUGUUAAUUUGAUGAUGGCUGGCUAUGAUACACAGAUGAAAAAACCACAUUUAUCUUUUAUUGAUUAUCUUGCAACCACUGUUGAAGUUCCAUUUGGUGCCCAUGGUUAUGGUUCUUUUUUUACAAUGGGCAUUCUGGAUCGUGUCUAUAAACCGGAUUGUACGGCUGAUGAUGCAAUGGAAAUGUUGAAACAAUGUAUCACUGAAAUACAACGACGUUUAGUGAUUAAUCAACCUGUUUUUCAGGUGUGUAAAGUUGAUGUUAACGGUAUUGAACAUCUGGAUGAUAUUGUCGUUAAUCCGGAUAAGGUUCUUAAUUCAGAAUUGAAACUACAAAAACCCACGGUUCAACCAAUGAUUCAUUAAAAAAUUGUUUACAAAUUAUAAUUUCUGAUUUUUUUAUGUCUCAAAAAAAAUUGAAUUGAAAUUCCAAAUGAAUAAAAUUAACACUAAACUUGAAAA